UGGAUCUAUAUUUUUCUCAGUCAAAAAUAGAUAGAAGUGAAGCAAUCUCUGUUUUGUAUGAUAAAAUUCUUGAGGGUGCUUCUCUCUCUGCCCUUACGAUCUCUUGGCUCCUGUCAUCUAUGUGAUAUCAAAUUUUGAUUUCAAGUCUCCUGUGGUUCCUCAGGUGACAGUUGAACCGGAUGUUUUCAGAAGUAGAAAUAUCUCGGGACGUCGCUAUAUGUGCCGACCACUUGAAUGGCCAAUCGCCUCACCAACAGAUUCUAUACAAACUUCUCCAAGAUCUAAUACACGAGAAAGCAUGCAGGGAACACGGAUUCUAUCUCGGCAUCACCUCUCUAAAAAGCAUCGGUGACAAGAAGAACAACAACAUCGACAACGAAGACAAUCAUCAAGCAGGCAUCCUCACAUUCCCGGUCUCCUUCACAUGCCGCACAUUCUUGCCUGCAAGAGGAGAUGUCUUGCAAGGGAUUGUAAAACAAGUAUUGUGGAACGGAGUUUUCAUCAGGUCAGGACCACUUAGAUACGCAUACCUCUCGCUCUUGAAAAUGCCGGAUUACCAUUAUGUCCACUCGCAGUCGGAGAACGAGAAACCGUAUUUUCAAAAAGAUGAUCGCUCCAAGAUCGCUGUUGGAGUUGUUGUGCGGUUCGUGGUGUUGGCUGUGCGGUUUAAGGAGAGACCACACAAAAGAAGAAACGACUAUUAUGUUCUCGCGACUUUGGAAGGCUACAGGAAAGUUGGUCCCAUCUCUCUUACAGGUUCGGAUGAGCCGUACAUGUGAUUUGUUGUAUUACUCCUUAAGUUGAAGUCUUUAGAUACUUUUUGGUUCUAGGAUAAUCUCAGUUUCACUAGGUUGUUUUCUUAUUUGUUCUUUCGUAUAGGUGAAUGAACCCAUCUGUUUCUCAAGAUAAUGUUAUAGUCAAAUGUAUGCUUGUAUUGUAAUACUCAUUGAUUCUACUGUUCGCUAUCAAAUUAAAAGCAGAUAUGAUUA